UCGGUUAGAAUCCGUCCCCAACAUGAAGAAAAUGACCAGAAGUAAUAAUUCAAAUCCUGCAAAGGUGUUCUGUAAGGAAGAAAUCCAAAGACAGGUUUCCCACAUGACUGCAUUUAUCGACCAAGAAGCAGAUGAAAAGGUCGCCGAGUUGGACGCGAAAGCCGAGGAGGAGUAUAAUCUUGAGAAGGGCACGAUUACAAACCAGGAAAGGGUUAAAAUCACUGAUGCUUAUAUAAAGAAGGAAAAACAAAUCAGAAUUCAAAAACAGAUCGCUACGUCUAAUUACAACAACCAGCUGAGGCUUAAGGUUUUGGCCGAACGAGAAGCACAUGUAAAUAAGACAAUUGAAGAAACGCGCGAAUCCUUGGGUCGCAUUGCCGAGGAUCGGGAAAAAUACUUGGUUGUGAUGCGUCAGCUAAUCCUACAGGGAGUACUACAGUUUUUGGAGAGUAAUGUGACAUUAAGAGUGCGAGAGGAGGAUGUAGACAUUACUAGGUCUGUGAUCGACGCUGUCAUCGAAGAGUACACAAACAUCACGGGCAAGAAUUGCGAAAUUGUCAUUGACGAUAAGAACUACCUUCCAGCCAAAAGUUGCGGCGGUGUCAUCCUUUACGCUCAAAAUGAGAGGAUGAAAAUCGUUAACACCUUGGAUGCGAGGUUGACACUGAUAACAAGCCAGGUAAUACCUGCAGUUCGUGUCUCCCUCUUUGGAGAAAACACCAACAGGAAGUUCUACGAUUAGUGUCUAAGCGCACAAAACAUUUCACUUAAAUUGUUGUACGGAAUACAUUAAAGACCUUACAC